UCUAAAAGAAAGUUAGAGAGAGAGAGAGAGAGGGGAGGGGGUGGACAGAGUUAGAGAGAGAGAGAAAGAGGGACAAAGCAAAAGAAGAGUAAGAGAUUUCUCCUCUGAAAAAGAGAAGCUCCUUAGAGCACUGUGUAUUGGAGAACAAAGAGGAAGAAAACCCUGUUUUUGAGCUCUAUAAUGGCGGAUCCUUUGUUUUACUGUGAGGAAACGGAGCGUGGUUUGAGUUUUGAUGGAGGUAGUCUGUAGUAGUCAUUUCGUUUCUGAUCCUCCAUUUCAAGGUCACAGGAUUUGUUUAGGUGAAGGCAACGCUGAAAACACGUUAGUAUAUAUCUGCAAUUUGCUUCUUGUAGCGUAUGGCUUCUGUGGGAUUACCUCCUGCAUCAGCAGUAAGGAAAUCCAAUGGCAGUGCUAUAGGUGUGGAUAAACUCCCAGAAGAAAUAAAUGAGAUGAAGAUUAAGGAUGAUAAGGAGAUGGAAGCCAAUGUCGUGGAUGGGAAUGGCACAGAGACGGGGCAAAUUAUUGUAACCACAAUUGGUGGUAGGAAUGGUCAGCCUAAGCAGAACAUAAGUUAUAUGGCAGAGCGUGUGGUUGGACAUGGAUCUUUCGGGAUUGUGUUUCAGGCCAAGUGUCUAGAAACUGGAGAAACAGUGGCUAUUAAGAAGGUGUUGCAGGAUAAGCGAUACAAGAACCGUGAGCUGCAAACAAUGCGCCUUCUAGAUCAUCCAAACAUUGUGUCUCUCAAGCAUUGCUUCUUUUCUACAACUGAUAAGGAUGAGCUAUACCUUAACUUGGUCAUGGAAUAUGUUCCAGAGACUGUCUACCGUGUGGCGAAACACUAUAGCAGGAUGAAUCAGCGGAUGCCUUUUAUUUAUGUUAAGCUAUACACAUAUCAGAUUUGUAGGGCAUUGGCUUAUAUUCAUGGGGGAAUUGGGGUGUGCCACAGAGACAUCAAACCCCAGAAUCUACUGGUCAAUCCUCAUACUCACCAGCUUAAACUAUGUGAUUUUGGAAGUGCGAAAGUUCUAGUGAAAGGUGAACCGAAUAUAUCAUACAUUUGUUCACGCUAUUAUAGAGCUCCUGAGCUCAUAUUUGGGGCAACUGAGUACACAACGGCAAUUGACAUGUGGUCUGUCGGAUGUGUUCUUGCCGAACUGCUUCUUGGAUCGCCUCUUUUCCCUGGCGAGAGUGGAGUAGAUCAGCUUGUAGAGAUCAUCAAGGUUCUUGGGACCCCUACACGUGAAGAAAUCAAAUGCAUGAAUCCAAACUACACUGAAUUCAAAUUUCCACAGAUCAAAGCUCACCCAUGGCAUAAGAUAUUCCACAAACGUAUGCCUCCAGAAGCUGUUGAUCUUGUCUCAAGGCUUCUUCAAUAUUCACCAAAUCUGCGCUGCACUGCUCUGGAUGCAUGUGUGCACCCUUUUUUUGAUGAGUUGCGUGAUGCUAAUGCUCGUCUUCCUAAUGGGAGGCCCUUACCCCCACUCUUCAAUUUCAAACCCCAAGAGCUGAAAGGUGCAUCACUGGAGGUCUUGGCAAAGCUGAUCCCUGAGCACUCACGAAAGCAGUGCCCGUUCCUUGGCAUCUAAAGGGUCACUGUGGGUGUGUCCCGCAAAACUUGUAAGUGUAUAAUUAUUUGUUCUGUUUUAGUUGGGAAUGGAAUGACAGUCAGGAUGAUGGUGGUUGUGGGGAUCGGUGUUGUAGAUUUGUGUUUGUGAUCCACGCCAUCUUAAAAUCUCAUAUUCAACUGGGUAAUGGAAAGGGAAUGUGCCAGUGGGCGGGAUGCUGACCUUCCUUUUUGUAGUUCGGUUGUGGAUUGAUAUUUUCUUUUAUAUUAUAUUCUCUCAAUUGU